AUGGGAUUUGGCUCAGUGGUCCUAGGCGCCGCGUUCGACUAUUCAACCUGCAUUGACAAGACUGGCUUCGAAAAGUGUUAUGACUCCGCCGAUUCAGCACUCACCUCAUGCAUCAGCAACAACUGCGGCGGCUCAGUCUGCGUCAAAAGCUGCAAUAACGACCCCAACUGUGUGCUCCAAAACUGUCCCGAUCUCGGUCUCGAUUGCAUCUAUGCUUGCGAGUGUAUCAGAAAUACCAAGCGUGUGGCUUGUGCGGCUGAGAGUUGUUGGAAUCGGGCAUACUCUUGCGAAUACUCAGAUGCUGUUGCCGAUAUGGUAGACAUGUGUGGAAACACCGACAGAAACGCUAUCCCAUACUUCCCUGCGCCGGACUCGGCACCAGGAUCUUGCAGUUGCAACAAAGGAAAACUAUCUUUGACUAUUGAGAAGAUCAACACGCAAAUCACAGCUUGCGCCAACAACCAAACGAACCUCGACACACUUGCCUCGACAGCGGACAUCAGUACUCAUGGCACAGCAUGCCUCUGCUGCUCGAUAUCGUACAUGGCAUCCGCUAUCUGGGACAUCUGUCCAACCACACAACCAUCACUCCUCGCCGCCGAUAACAUCACCGCAAUCUACGGAAAACACUACGACGAAUGCAUCGCCCUGCUCCCCAACAUUGAUUGCGAAAAUGACCUUGGCUUUGGUGCAGCAGUGGGUGCUGCAAUGUCUGGCUAUCAUGCCAUCAAUGAUCUUCCAGCAAAUGGCACCGAGACAUUGUAUAACAAGCAGGGGUCCCCUGCUACACCGACUCAAGCGACUAUUGUAUGGACACCCAACCCUGGAUUUUCGCCUUUUACGAUUGUGGCGGCGGCGCAGACUGAGGCAUCUGGCAAGGUAUCUGAGACCGCGACUGGAGGUAUGAGUAAGACUGGGAGUGCAGCAACGUCUGCCAGCCAGGGUGCUGCUUCGGCUACACCAAUUUCCAAUGCAGCUUCCAAGGCACACAAAUUCUGGCUGAACAAGGUGGUCUGUAUGGUAGCGGCUGUUGUGUUUUCGUGA